AUGGACCAGAUUUGGAUUAGGGGCUUAUCUUUUGUCUCUCUGUCGAAUCGUGAGGAUCUGCUUCUGAGAUUAAUCUUUGAUUGGAAUAAAGAGAUAAUAUUCGCGUUCUCAACGCAUGUCACACGCGAAUGGUUUCUUCUCCAUGGGGCGCCUGCAUCUGUUGUUGUGUUUGGAGUGUUGGGAGGAUCAGGGCUAUUGUUGUUGACUUGGCAAAAUUUCAUGGGCAAUCAUCGAACAUUAGUGAGCAUGAAGUGGCCGAAAAUUGCUUUAUAUACAUUAAUAUUUACCGCACAAAUAUAUUUCUGGUUUAUUGGAUUGUCCAAGUUAAAAUCUACAAGGACCGUGAUGUUAACACAAUAUGCAGACUUGUGGAGCAUGUCUUUUGUAGCGUACUUUGUUGGAAACAAUUCAUCAUCUAAUUCGACAUCGACGUCCCGGGGCGUUCAUUUUAUAAUUUCGACUGUUGUUUUAUCUUUUAUUGCAGAUUUAGAAACUCCCACAAAAUCGACAAUACUAUUGGCACAAGAUACGGACAAUUUCAGAAAAAAGGGUUUUCAUGAAAACAGCCCAAUUAAGAAUCUGAUCAUUGG